CUAUAAAUAACUCCAGGCACUACAUAAGCCAGACAAAGCAACACUUGGAUUCCGAACUGUCUCGAUCGAGGUCGUCUUCCUACCCGGGCAUCAAGCAUUUCUCUCUUCCACCCUUAUCUUUCUCAGCCAAAAAAAAUUUGCCGAGGUAUAGGAGAAUACAAAGGAGGAGCAGAAAAUGGUGAAAGUGUCCACCUACUUCGCAAUGUCACUUGGAGCUUUCUUAUUCUGGGAAUCUAUGGAUAAGCUUCACGUUUGGAUCGCUCUACAUCAAGACGAAAAGAGAGAGAGACUGGAGAAGGAAGCGGAAAUCAAGAGAGUCCGGGAGGAGCUAUUGAAACAAGCCAAACAUAGGGACUCUCUCUUGUGACCGCAUUGUGUUUUGAUGCGGGUGUUGUUUUCUCUAAAUUCCUCUCAUUAUUUUUACUUGACUUUUCUAGUGCUGUAUGGUUAGAAAACAUUACAAUCAACUUAUCUGUUUCAGGCUGAUGAGUUUGUACGUUGCAAAUUUUAUUUUUACUUGCUUUAUGAACCAGCGCAUUUGUAUCUGCCGGCACCUGUUGGAAUGUUUAGUGAAGUUGGUUUUAAUAAGACUAUUGCAUCUUCUAUGAGUUUUUUUGAUGUAAUAGAAGCAGUAAAUGAAAUUAAGAGAAA